CGGAAAUGACGUCAACAUCAACAUGGCGACGCAGUUAUGUUCCUGUGUGUGCACGUUACUGUAACCUUGCAGCUGUCAUCUGCCGGUUUGCGAAAACGGAUUAGUAUAAUUAAUGUAAUUUGGACACGUAUUUGUGAAAAAUGUCACGACUGUCUCGAUUGAAGUUAUCAUGAAAGAUUAGAAUGACUCCUCUGUCUACUGCGUGCUUAGAGUAUUGAUAGUUUUGUGUUUUGUUAGCUGUUAAACAUAGUUUUAUGUCAUUUAUGAAAUCUUGCAGAGGAUGUGGAACCUAAACUAUUUAAAAUUCAUAGAUCAGAGACGUUUGCUGUCUCAAGGACUUUGCAGCAACUACAUAACACGCCUUCGUCGAUGUGAAAGCAAUGUGAGUUUAUUUCUGUUAAGCAGAAAUAGAUCUUUUGUAACUCAAACACAAUCUGCUUCAAAACCACGCUGGAGAGUAUUGUUCUUUGGAAGUGAUGAUUUUGCAGUGGAAUCACUGAAACGGCUUCAUUUAUCUCGAGAUGACUCAACAGCUGGAGUCAUAGAUUCACUUGAGGUGGUGACGCUGUCCAGAGAUACUCCAGUCAGAAAGUAUGCAGAGUGGCACAGACUCCCUCUUCACCACUGGCCAGAUGUGGACUUGAGUGCACAGUUUGAUGUUGGUGUGGUGGUGUCCUUUGGCUGUUUAAUCAAAGAGAACAUCAUCAACAGAAUGCCAUACGGGGUCCUGAAUGUGCACCCUAGUCUGUUGCCACGCUGGCGGGGACCUGCUCCAAUCUUUCAUACGAUUCUACAUGGUGACCGUGUCACAGGAGUGACUAUCAUGCAAAUAAGACCUAAGAGAUUUGAUGUAGGCCCCAUUCUUCAGCAAGAGCUGUACGAGGUUCCAAAGAACUGCACUGCUGAUGAGCUCGGAGCCACUUUAGCGGUUGAGGGUUCUAGAAUGUUGAUGGACACUCUAAAACAUCUUCCAGAAAGGGCAGCAAACAGAAAGGAGCAACCUAAGGAGGGUGCAUCAUUUGCCCCCAAAAUCAGUUCCCGAAUGGCCUGGAUAAUAUGGGAAGAGCAUAGCUGUGACUACAUUGAUCGGCUGUUUCGAGCUAUUGGAUCUCGGAUUCCUUUGAAAACAAUGUGGAUGGGCAAUCCCAUCAAACUUCUGGACUAUGUUGGCAAAUGCAAUGUGUCGUUUGCAGCUGCUCCAUAUUUAUCAUCAAUGCCAGGGUCUGUCCAUUAUCAGAAAGAAUCCAGUACUCUACUUGUUCGCUGCAAGGAUGGCUGGGUUGGUUUCAAAGCUGUGAAUUUCAAGAAAAGACUGUCAGCGGCAGAUUUCUUUAAUGGAUAUCUCCAUCAGAGCGUGCUGAAGAAAUCUCCCUCCACAAACACCUGUCUGUUCCAGAGUUAUAAAGAGACUCAUUUACCUGCAGGACACGACAACAACAUGCUACAGCGGAAUAACUCUUCACUCUGAAGCCUGGCUUUAUUGCAGUCAUGGAUAAUAACAUAUAAUCAUAUGAACUGUCAUGUCAUUGAAAACAUUUUUGUCUGUUUUAAGACAAUGUUGUAUUUAAUACCGGACUGUACUGUACUUGCAGAUCUCUGCACAUUCGUAUAGCCGUGACAUUAAUCAUUGUGAAUACGAUAAAAUUAUUUGAUAUCA